AUGAAGCCAGCUCAUAAGGCCAUGUUAGCAGGUGACGUAAGCUCAUGUAGCGGAGCAGUGCCCUCUGACGCUGAGCCACAGACCUUGGACCAAAAGCAACUUUCAACCCGGAAGGCACCUUCUAGCUGUCACACUGACAAUAUUAUAUACAUUGUCCUUAUUUGGUGCAAUCUCAACGAAUGGCUGUAUGCAACCAGCUUGGAGAAAAUCGGUACUUAUAAUUGGAACCGUCCAGGUUGGAAGGUGAAAGCUAUAAAUGGCAGGGGUUUAGAAAUAGAGAAGAGAGAGCGUAGACUUACCAUUGAGGGAGGUGAUGUACUGUUGCUUUGGAAGACAGAUGUAAACACAUCAGAUUGGGACUCCGUCCGCGUCAUGCAAUACACUGUAAUAAUAACUCGCAAGGACACUGGUAUUAGAGGAGUCCUACACGCCACUGUUAUUGCCUUCGAUAAGCAGUGGAACCUGGCGCUCAGUGACAUCAUAGAAGUUUGGAAGAAGAAAAGUGUUAAGAAAAGGAAAAUACCUCCAGCACUGGGUACACCGGUGCCUAAAGGUUCAGCUGCGAAGAUAUGUAAAGUGCCCGAGGUGUUGGAAACACCUAUUGGUAACGGUGUAUGGGAAUGUUCGAGGCACGUACCACAGAUGAUGAUUAGAGGCGAACAUGUUGUUUUAGUCAAUGUAGUUGAGCGAUGA